AUGGAUUCUAACACACAAUCUACACAAAACAUCCUUCGUGAACAUAAAAACCAGAUAAAAAGAGAACGAUAUGCAAGACGUAUGUCACGUGCUGAAGAAACUCCUGAAAAUAGUGAACAAAUUGAUUUACAAAAAAAGAAACAAAAUGAAGCUAAACACCAUGUUACUAAUACGGCGCAAGAGAAGGUUGCCGGAUCAAAACGAGCUCCAAUUUUUAGCAUCUGUUGUGCAAAGGGUAAAAUGCAAUUGUCUGCCAUUGAAACACCACCUACAGUAUUACGUACGCUUUUAAUAGAUGAAACUACACAAGCACAAGACUUUUUUGCCGGAACGCAGGGCAUAUACAAAUUUCAUAUUCAAAGGGAAUUAUAUUACCGCAUUGGCUCUAUUAUGCCUGAAAAUAGAAAUAUACCGUUCUGUUCACAAAUUUAUAUAUUUGAUACGAAUGCCCAACUACAACGAAGACAUCAAUUAAUGCCAAAUCUUGAUCUUACUAUACUCGCACAACUUCACACAAUGCUUUAUGAAGUUAAUCCUUACAUGCACAGCUUUCAAAACGCGGCUCUCAUUUUAAAUGAAAAUCUGUCACAAGAAUUAAGGAUUAUAUCUAUAAUUAAUGAAGAUUCAGAUAACGCAAAUGAAUUUGAAAUUGACUCUACUAAUGACAAUGCUUCAAAUGAUAUUGCUCAGAGAGAGUUUGCAGACUGGCUUCUACUGAUUGGUGAAGGUCGAAUAGCUGAGGUCACGCCACAUAGUAGUUAUAUUAAGCUGCCUCCAAGCAUUGUCCUGCAUGAUGAAUCGUCUCAGAAAUUAAUUGACUUCGUUUACCCUGCCUUGCAUAUACGAGCACAUGACCCAACAUAUAUCGUCGAAAGAAGCAUCCUUGCGCCAUUGAACUCUGAUGUUGAUAUGCUUAAUACUGAAAUUCUUUUACAAUUUUCUGGAGAAGCCAAAAUUUACUAUAGCGCUAACUCAUUAGAUCAAAGCUCUCCUAUGUAUAAUUCAGCGCAUGAAGAUAUAUACUCAACAGAAUUCCUCAAUUUAUUAGCAAUUAUACUGUGA